UUCAACAUGCAAUACAUUCUUGUUAUGAUUUCCCUGUGCAAAGUUAUAUACACGAGAGACGAGGAGAAAAUAGCAAAAGCGUGCUACUGGGCGCACGAGGUGUACGAGUCGUGUUUCGCGGGGUGCGCGGAGGCGUCGUGUGACAACCCGCGCGCGCGCCUGCGGCCUUGCUACCCCUACUGCGAGCCCGGCUGCGUGUGCGACCCGCCGUAUGUGCGCGACGACCGCACGCACCGCUGCGUUUUGCCGCACGACUGCUCCCCAACACAGCUGGGUAUACCAAUCCCGACAUCUUCCCAUACAAGAUCACAUCAAGGCAUCGACACUGUGGACUAUGAUGCGCCUAUUAACUAUGAAGACAAGAAACCAGCAGACCUCUCCAGAAUGGGCAAUUAUUUCAACAUCGUGAUAGCUCCUCCGCCAGCGAAGUCGGUGCUGCCACGAGAAGCUACGGAUGUAGUUUUGCCGCAAAAACAGUUAAUGAAAAAUAAUAAAUAG